GGGGCGGGUAUUUCUACAGUUCAGAUGCGGGCAGUAGCUCUGUGGGUAGUUUGGGGAUUAUUUGCUACGCCUAGAAAAAGGCAACGUUUAACAUGCUUGGAAGACUGACGAGGUGCCCCUCUAGCAACGGGAAAAAUAAAUGUCUGUGGUAUUUCCGGUAGACCUUUCGCUGUCAACAUUGACAAGCAAAGGAACAAGGAAGUUAAAAAGUCGAGGUUUUUGCAAGCGAUAGUUUAUCAAUUACUGAGCAGUCACCAGUCUAUACUAGAAGCGGUGUACAGGGAUAUGCCGCGAGUGGGUCAUCCUUAAUUAGUACAAGAAAUCGAGAUAUUUUAAAGCGAUUACUCGCUACUGACAAUAAACUCCUCACCAUGAGCGAACCGAGCCGUAGAAUGUGUAAAAUAGUUCUUCGGAUUUUUAGCCAGUUGUUUUGGCUUGCUGCUCUAGUGAUAGCCCUAAGUGGUAUUUUCCUCCUGAUUAAUUUCAAGCACUGCCGACUGUUCUUCAAGGAAGAAUCCAUCAUCCUUCCAGCACUCCUGGCUGUUGUGGCAGCCUUGUUUCUUCUUGCUGCUGGUAUUGCUGGCUGCUGUGCAUCACAGAAAGAAUCGCCAUGUCUUCAGGGCAUUUUUGUGUAUUUUCUCAUCAUCGUGUUUUGCUUGGAAGCCACUGCAGCAGCUUUAUCUUAUAUCAACGUUGAAAAGAUGGGAUCAGAGCUGGCUCCGUUUGAGAGGGUCUUUCACCAGUACAACGGCAGCAGCAAGGACCCUGACACACAGGCUGUGGAUUUCUUACAAAAAGAGCUCCAUUGCUGCGGAGUGCAUGGCUUCCAGGACUGGCAGACAAGCCCAUGGUUUAAUGAGAGCGGGCACACCAGGGUACCACUCAGCUGCUGCAACUCGACCUUCACCAAUUGCACCGGAAGUGUUGACCAGCCGGAACUUCUCUUUACAAAGGGCUGCCAGGGGAAGCUGGAAGAUGUUCUGUCGUUCAUUCUGCAUUUAAUACUCUGGUCUUCGGUGGGUGCAGCUGGGAUUCAGGUUGUGGGGCUCGUCAGUGUGUCUGUACUAAUGAAAGAAUCCCCGCUGCAAGAAUAUCGAAUCUUAGACAGAGAUCCCUUUUCCUAAAUCAUGGUGAACGCAGAGACAGCAUCGUCCUUCAUCCCUUCAAACACAAUGGCGAUGUGUAUCAUGAGGAAGUGAUGUAAAUGUGUUUAAAAUAAGUUUCAAAUUACUGUAUAAUAUUAUUGGGCUUUCAUCAUGCUACAACCCACUGAUUCCUGCUGGCUUGUGUGGUUUGUCUUUAUGCAGGAUAUAAAACAGGAAUUAGGGUCUGCUGCUCGUAUAUUUUAAGCAGGGACAUGCUGCUAACCUACCUGUGAGGUUAAGUUCAUUCCUUAAAGACUUGGUUCUCAAAUUCUCAAAUAUAACUGUUGAUUUUAAAUGUGUAUGUCCUUCCAGUACUACUCAUAAAAGACAAUACUCAAAGCUUCUAAGACUUUAUUCUUGUGAUAACCAGGAAUUUAAAGUGUUCAGGACCCCCUGCAGUGUUUACAAGAAACACAGUACUUUACCACUGCUGUAUCUCGUGUUGUCAUCAUAAUAAUGAUUGUUCUGAUAUAUAAUCAUUCACACGUCACAGGUGAAUAAACUAGGGAAUUAGUUUUUCAACUUUUACUCGGUCGCCAGGAGAAAGCGCAGUGUAUCCAGUUCAUGCUCCCUCCUGCAACAAUGAGCUGAUUGAAAUGAGUGUGUAUUGUGGGAACAGAAAACCAGCGUUGUUGCAGGAGGGAGCGUAAUCUGGGUACACUGCGAUCCUUAGAAGACAUUUGUUUUUCUCCUGGCGAAUGCUCCCACGUGAAUGUUGAGAAGUGUAUUGGCCAGUUGAUUUAUGUGUGAUUAAGAGUGGGCAAUAUGUUUAAAAAAUAUAACCCUGCGAUACGGACUGCAUGUAACGUCUUGUAAACUUGCAGGGUGUUCUGCAACGCUUAAAAAAAAAAAAAAAAAAAGGCGAGGAUAUAACAGGAACCUAAUGUUUGUUAUUAGUAUCUAUAUUUAUUGCUGUUUUUCCUUUUUUCAAGAACCCUUUUAUAGUUUGUAAUGCUUGAACAGUUCUUCCGUGUAAAUUUCUUUCUCAUGUUGUCGUUUGUUGCCAUGCAUACUAAUUGUUCCAGCUUCUGAUUGUGGCAGAGUGGGGUGAGGAAAAUAUUUUUCUUAUCUUUUGGGGACAAAAAGACUAAACCCACUAGGACCCUGUUCACAUCACUGGGCCGGCCCAGUUAGACCUGCAACCCCGUUCACAUUUGCAUUUUUAAGGUGCCUUUGCACGUUCACAUAUGUAACUGAAAAGCAAGCCUAAAAUGUGGCAAACUGAUUUUUUGUUUUAUUUUUAUGGAAGGCUAGACUGCACAGAAUGGAAGUUACCUGAUAUACAGUAAUCCUUUUGUAGCAGAUGUUUCUUAUUAAUAUUUUUUUCAGUGCAUCACAGUAGCAAUUUUAUGGUAUAUAUUAAAAAAAAAACGAUUGACUUAUUUGACUUACUGCUAUGGUGUGUGACGGUGACGGUCCGAGCUUACCCCCAUCCACAAUCACAUUAUUCUCUUAAGAACACAGAGGUAUUUAGAAUGCGGGAAACAGCAACUUGCUAGUGUUGACAGAUAUAAAUAUUUAUUUUCAUAACGGAUACUUCACUGAGAUUGCAAAGGUUGUACACAGUGACUGACAUUCACAAGACAAACUCACUGACCACCUAAUAGUACUACUGUUCCCUCCUUAGGAAAGACACGGCAUUAAAUAAUGUUAAAUACAUUACACGUGUUUCUUCUCAUGUAUACGUAUUUGUUUAAUCUGCAUGAAUACCGUCUCUGUUUCCAAACGCGAUUGUUAAACUAUUCUGUUGUUUACUCGUUAAUAUUAUUCUCUAGUCCCUAACCAUUACCAGUAAAGACUGAUCAUUAGCAUUACCCCUUCUCUUGGAAGACUGACAAACAUAUGGCUUAACAAAACCCUUGUCCCACAAAUGACAACUUCAUUAAGGGAAUCGCCCUAAUCUAAAUACAGCAAUACGCCGUCACAUAUUGAAUACACAUUGCUCAACAAUAUGCACAAUACAUAGUAAUAGUGCAUCAACAAUCUUAAUGUUUGUGGAUGAGAACAGUAUUUUGUGUGUGUAAAUGCAAGCAGCUAAAAUAAAUGAUCUGCAUUUGAAUGUAAAGACGCACUCUUCUGCUAUGUAUAUCGUUGCAUGCAAAAUAAACAAUGGUGGCUGAAUAUGCCAAGUCACCAGCA